CACUUAACUGCCUACCAUGCCAUGGAUUAGAAAUCUGAGAAGAAUGUAUAAAUUUAUAGUCUCUAAAAUCACUGACCUAGCCUGUUCCUGUACCAUGCCACCUCCCUUUCCAAAAAGAGCAUAAAAGGGUUGACAGUUCUUGGGGUUACAGGAGACAGAAACAAGGUGCCGAAGAGAUGCAGGGCCAUAGGACUUGGAGCUGGGCUUUCCUGGGUCUGUUUAUGAUCAGUCUUCAUUUUCCAGCUUUCUCUGCCAGGAGCAUCAGCUGGACCAAGGAAACAGCCCUGCAAGACUUGGGAUCUGACCCCCUGCUUCCGGGAUACUCUUCCUUGGCAGACCCUUUGGGACCCUCCAAUCCUGACCAUUCUGGGCUCAAAUUAAAUCCUUUGUCUGAUAGCUCAGGGACUAUUGUUCCUUUGGAGCCUGAUGCCUCUCUCUUUGACCAUCCUUGGCAAUUUGGGAGUUCUGGGCUUCAACAUCCUCUCCUAGAUGAGAGUUCAUCCGCCCGGGGGCUCCAGGCUUCUGAUAACACUUGGCAAAUGGUGGCUCACUCCUAUGAUGAUUCUCUGCCUGACAGUCCUUCCCCAGCUAAUAGUGCUAUACCUUCUGUGGCUAGUGGGUCCCAGACAGCAGUUACCUCCUCAGACUCAAUCAGUUCUUCCCCUGAUACCCCAUCCCUCCUCAAGGACACUGAGCCCAAGCGGCCUCCCCGUUCUGAUCCUCUAGGACAACGGGGGGAUAUCCCUGCCCAACGCUCUCCCUGGCCCCUCAACAACCGAAUUCGUCAGAAGCCUUUGCCUGGUCACCCAUGGGGGACUCAGAACAUCAAUCCUGAGGUGUCCUGGGGGAGUCAGAGUCUUGGGACUGGUUGGGGAGGGAGACCCCUUAGACUUCCUGUGGGAAGUUGGGGAAUUAGCAAUCAAUACCCAGGUACUGUUUGGGGAAACCAUAAUCAGUAUCCGGGUACUAGCUGGGGGGGUAAUAAUAGAUACCCAGGUACUAGCUGGGGGGGUAAUAAUAGAUACCCAGGUACUAGCUGGGGGGGUAUUAAUCAAUAUCCGGGUCCUAAUUGGGGGAUUAAUACUAGAUACCCUGGCACUAGUUGGGGGACUAAUAAUUGGUACCCAAGUAUCAACUGGGGAGGUAACAAUCAAUAUCCAGGGAACACAUGGGGAAUUAAUAACCAAUACCCUGGAGUCCUUCGCCCUCCCAACUCUGCCUGGAACAUCCCUCCUAGAUACCAAAAUCAGCCCUGAGAAACUGGAUUCUAGAAGGGUCUCCAGAUGUAUAUGGCCCUGCAAAGGGACAAACGUGUCCCAGGGUUAGGUGUCAGAAAGGUGCAUUUGUUCUGUCCUCAGACACUUAGAUGUUAAACCAAACUCAGGCAUCCUCAGCUCCUCAGCUUUAGCUAGUCACCAUCCUUCCAACACUUCUUUUAGAAAUACAGGCUUACUACCCAAGGGUGACAAAUGGCAAUAAAACCUGG